GCGCAUUUCGCAAGAUCGACAGACAGCAAGAGGCUACACGAGAGCUGAUGUCAGAUCGAUGUGGUGGGUACUUGUGGUGCUUGUAAACUUGGAACCUUACCUCGUCCUCUCUUUAGCAGAGACAACAGAAAUUUCCGUUCAGCAUUGGGAGUGAAAGUUUUGGUCGCGGGGAUGAUUAUUUGAAGAAAGUGAGAACUUUCAUAGUAUCCAAGACUCAAAAGAUAUCAGUCACAUAAGGACAGGGUUACAACUUAAUCUUUUCCACGAUGCGUGGCCACGCGCGUAUUCGGAUAAAGGACGGACGAAGAACGAACUGAUCACUGCCAGAUGCUGCCGUUCCCAGUCUCUGGCAAAGUUUUUGUUCGAGGAAGCUCACAAUUCAACCCACGGGCUAGCUAGAACCUGGCGUUCAACUCAUCGAACAGAUCCCAGCAAAUAGCUAGCUGGCUACCAUACUAGUAGAUAGACGACAACACAGUUAGUUAGUUGACAAUGACAUCUGAAACAGAUCCAAAUGCCAAGGCAAGACGGCCGAUACACCAGAGGCCAAACGAAUGGUGUCAGCUUCUGUUGGUCCUGGUCUUGUUCAUCUUGAUCAAUCUUACGACAGAUCUCAUUUCGAUGGAGCACAGCCAUGCUCUGAUCAAAAAUAUGUCCGGCAUGAUCCGAGGGAGCACAGGGAGCCAGUUGAAAAAUAACUUUCAAGAGAGAAAAAUGUUCGCGCAGCAGGCAUUGGAUCUAAUGGAACACGAGGCGGUGUUUGAAAGCACGCUCACCAACAGCAAGACCGUGCUGGAGAGAGGAUUUCCCUUUCAAUGGGACCCUUGCACUCUUCUGAGCAUCUUUCGACAAAAUGACGAGCACGGAACCCCAUCAGAUCCACUCAAGAUUGUGUUUCUAGGAGAAACUGCCACGGCCCGGGCAGCGGACUCGUGUACACCGAAAGGAAGUGAUGAUCCACUGGAGGGACGCUUUACGAACAUCCUGAAACGCUCCCUGGAAAAUGAUUCCGACAUGCUUGUGGAAGAUCACCAAGACAUCAAGAUUGACUUUGAGGUGUCCAACUUAGCACAAGGGGGAGUUGGAAGCGUGUAUAGCGCCAUGACGUUGGAUUCCAAGGUCGAUCCCGCAAAUGUGGAUGUUCUGGUUUAUGAGUUCUUCAUCAACGACAAUUGGAACGCUGACCACGCCGAUGUGAUCAAGCUUGAAAUGUGGCUGAUUCGAGUCAAGGCAUUCUUUGAGAGAAAGGGCCAAAAGGUGCCCCCCAUCAUGCUACUCUUCUUAUGGGAAGAAAACAUUGGCAUGGAACACAUGAAGAACAAAGUUUUGAAGCACGGGUUGGACAAACCACUCUUUGGAGCUUGGAAGGCAAUCGAGCGGUACAAGAAACAGGGCUGGAACAUUCAGGCUCUUAGCGUAGGGUCCACAUUCGAAAAGAUGUUUGCCAUCGCCAGCAAUCCUGGACUCAUUGUGGACGAUCAACACCACCCAAAUUGUUUCAGCGUCCAUCAUAUAGCUGACAUGAUCAGACAUGCAAUCUACACGGACAUGGCGACUUGCAAAGAACUCCCACUUCGAGAUGCCCGCCAACCGAUUGUGGAACAUCGUUCGGCAUGGAGAGACAAUCUUCUUUCCGAGUUUGAUGCCGAGCCCGACACGAAAAACAUUUUAGACUUUUUACUUCGCGAAGAUAUUAAAGUGGCAUCGUUGACUCCUUGGCAGCCACCGAUCGUUGGUUCUACCGACCUUUCCAUUGGAAACGUGGAGGAACUAAAGGGAUACCAAAUCGCGCAAACCUCUCCGCAGGUGGAUGAACCCUUUCCUUCUAGGGAAGAUCGUCGACGAGGCUUUCCAAUUCCAGCGUGUUCCACUCACCAAGGAGGUGUCACCUUUGUGCUCAAGGAACCCAACCUGGAGUGGCUGGGCGUCAACCUUCAUCCCAUUGGCGAAGGCGUUGACAUCGAGGCAGUUGAGUGGACAGUGAAUGGACAUACCAUGGGACUCGUCACGAGAAAGCUCUUGCCCAUGAAGUUUGUGACCAACUGGAUUCGAGUUUCAGAGAGCUUGCCUACUCGAACCAAGGAAUACAAAGUGAAAUUCUGCAACACAGACCCAGAGGGAGGUACCAUUCAACUACAACACUUAGUUGGUAUCAUGAGACCAGCUCUUACGGAACGGGAAAGUGAUCUUCUUGAGCUUCUCAACCAUGGCAAUAACUGAACUUGCUUUGCAUUGGAACGAUCAAUAGUAAUAGCUACAUAUUCUUUAUAACAUCGAUGCGUAUAUUGUC